AUGAGUAAUAAGAAAAAAAUAACAUUUACAAUUAAACAUAUGAAAGAUUAUGGUAGAAUAAGAAAAAAAAAAAAGGAUUUGUUAGUAGGUAAAUGGAACAAAAAUAAUUUUUUAAAUGUUAGUGAUGAGACCACAAAUAAUUACUUAAACUUAGAAAAAUUAAGUAGAAAUAAAUAUAUAAAAUCUAUACUGUAUCAAAAAGCUAGUUGUUCUUUGCUUAAAAACGUAAGCAAAUCUAAUUAUGCAAUCAAUAAUACAAAUGAUUUUUUGCUUUCCCUUAAAAAUUCUUUAUUUCAUAAUCCUUUAAAUGUAGCGAGCUUAUAUAAUUUAGUAUAUUUUUAUCAUAACAAAAACGAUAUUAAAAGUUGUCUCUUUUAUUCAUUUAUUUUACAUGCUAUUCUAAUGAAAAUUUUAAGAAAAUAUUUUUAUACAAAUAAGAUAAUUGAUAAGAAAAAAAAUUAUUUAAAGUAUUUACUAUUAAUUACAUAUAGGAAACAAUUAAAAGAUAGAUAUAAAAUUUUAUUUAUUAAAAAAAUUAGAAGAAAAUGGAGUAUUAUUCCAUUCUUAAAUGAUAAAGUUUUACUUAUAUUAUUAUUAGAGAAUUUGCAUUUUUUAUUUUUAAAUAAUUAUAAAUUAUUCAUUAUAGAUAAAGUUAUAUAUUAUACCAGGUUGAUGUUAAAUAUUUUAAAAAUAAAUAAAAUACAUAACUAUAUAAAAGGAAGUUAUUUUUUUUUAAAUUCUAAUUUAUAUUUCAUUAAAUCAAGUUGUUUCCUAUUAGCUAAUUUAAAUGAAAAGAAAUUAAUUAAUAAUAGAGAUGAUACAGAAAUUAUAAGUUUGGUUUUAUAUAAAAAAAACGGUUUUAGUAAUAAUAGUUAUAAUGACAAUAAGAAUACUGAUAAUAAAACUUUUAAUAUAAUGUUAGUUGACGAAAAUGAAAUUGAAAAUUUAUUAAAUGAGAAAAUAAUAAAUAAAGUAAGAAAAAAAGAUAAUGAAAAAAUAGAUAACGCUGAUUUUUUAAUUUAUAAAGAUAAUAACAAAUUUCAUAUGAAAAACAUAUUAUAUUAUGAAAAGCAAUUUUUAUCUUUUAUAAUAAAUGAAGAAGAAAUAACUAAAAAAAUAGAGAAAAUGGAUAAUCUUUUUAUUCAUCCAGUUGUUAAUGUAAAAUAUAUUUUGGUAAAAAUAAAUGAAUGUGUAAAAUUUUGUUUAAGCAAUCGUUUGUAUCAAUUUUUAGAACAGUUUCUAAUGUGGAGAGCACGCAUUUUUUUUCAUUUAAGACAUUUUGAAGAAUGCUUAUCUGAUACUUGCAAAAUUUCUUUACUGAACAUAUACUCUGAGGCAAAAUUAGAUGAAAACGAUAAUAGUUACAGUUGUUUUAAUUUAAGAAUAUUGUCUUUAAAGUAUAUGAAUAUGUUAAAUAUAUUAGAUUUAUAUCUAGUUAAUAUUUUAAAAACAGAUAAUAAAAAAGUAAAUAAGCAGAAAAUAGAGGAAAUUGAUAUUAAAAAAAACAAAAAAACAAAAUAUAUAAAUGAAAGAGAACAUCAAUAUACAUGGAAUAGAUCUUUAGAAGAUCAAAAUACUUUAAAUUUUUUAAAAUACAAUAAAAAAAAAAUACCAUUUAUAUUUUAA